AUGGCCAUGAACAAUUUAGAUGACGAGCUUUCAAGCUUGAAGAUAGUUACGAAAGAUGACGAGAAGCUGGUGGGCCCUGCCCGCUGGCUACCCCGCGUGGAGCUCCGCUGCGAGGACAAGCACUGCCUGCUCCUGGGGGGCCACCAGUCCGCCACCAACACCAUAAUGGUGUGGUGCACCUGCCCGCUGGGGGACACGCAACAUCCGGAGGGCACUCGGCUCAUGGCGCUGGAUGCAUGGGUGGUAGAACAUUGCAAGGGUGAGAACCUGGACGACUACAAUGACGAGGAUGAUGAGGAUGAGGACGAGAAGGAAGAUGAAUCGUCGGCCCGAGUGGACGAGCUGUGUAUGGAGCAGGCACUAGUGGUGCGAGCUGGGCCCAACGUGUUGCCUAAACAGAUGCCCCUCCGUCAGCUGCUCAGCAGCACGCUGGUGGCGCAGGGGGGUAACAAGGAGCUCAAGGGGGCCACGUUCUGGGUGUAUUGGUACGACCAGCCCAUCCCCACUAAAAACUCCUCCGCGUACGGCGGUCUGGGUCGUACUUGGGCUCCGGGACCACUUUCCCGUAACGAUCUAGGUGUUUGGUACCGGGCCAGGAUUAUCAAGUGCGAGACGUCCACCGGGGUUGUCAAGAUCAAGUACGACGUUGACAAUAGCGAGGACACAAUGUACUUGUUGGUGGCGUUCGUACACUUCGGUGCGACGCCACCUGCCCGGGGCUCCCGACCUGCCGUACUGCCGUACAUGGAUCUGGUGAAAGACCUGGGCCUCCCCAAGUCCGCCACCUCGGGCGGCGGCGGAAUGGGCAAGGGCUGCGGCGGGAGGGGCAGUGGUGGCGGUGCUGCCGCUGACCCGCCCAAAAAGCCCUCUGCCGCUGCCGCUGCCGCCAAGCCCUCUCCAGAUGCCGCCGCCUCUCCCGUCAAGUCAAAGCCGGCUGGAAAUCAGCCCAAGGCGCAGGGCCGUACGGCAACGGCCGCCGUGCCGCCGGCGGUCACUGGCACGGCAGCGGUGCCGCCGCCUGCGUCCGCAGGUUUGGGGGUGCCGCCACCGCCGCCACCGGCGACCGCCGCCGCUGCCGCUGCGGCCGAGCCCGCCGACAAGACCAAAUGCCCCGCGCUCAAAAUCAGACAGCUGGCGAGUGUCAACCCUAAGGGCUCCUUCUCGACCCCCAAGGCGGCCCCGAAACCGCCGCCGUUGCAGACGCUCGCCGCUGCCAAAUUGCCGACGGCGGCGGCAACGGCAGCGGCGGCGCCUCGGGGAGACCCCCAGCCUCCGCAAAGCAAAAAGGCCAAGUUGCAUCACCAUCAGCAACAUCAACAACAGCCGCCAGGCAGUAGCAGUUGCCCAGUGCCGAAGGCGGCGGCGGUGGCGGCGGCGGCGGCGGCGGCUCCGCUGCUGCCAGCGGUUCCCUGUCCCGCAGGGUUGCGGCCCGCAGCCCCUGCGCGGGGGCCCCGUCACGAGUUCGACAUGGUGCCGCUGGCGUCCUUAGAUCCCCAGCCCAAGGGCUCCAGGGGGGAGGUCAGCGGCGGCAGCUGGCCCCCUCCCCCCCUCAGCACCGCCGCCUGGUCCGAGUACGAGGGCAGGGUGCGGCGGAGCGGCAGGUCGGGACUCGUGGGGCUGCUGUGCGGGAGACAAGAGCAGAUUCCCAUACCUGUCUUCAACGAAGUCGACCAGGCGCCGCCGCCCCUGCUCGGGGAGUACCUUUCCGUGGCGGCCUUCGAAAGCCGGCUGGCGGCGGACCUGGCGGCGGCGCGGCGGCAGCAGCCGGCAGUAGCUGCGGCGCUACAGGAGCUACAGGUGCUGGCGGACGCAGCGCAGCCGCGCUGGGGACAGGAGUGCGGCCUUGGUUAUCACGACGCUGUACGGCAGCGGGAGUUGCUGGACGAGCAGCGGAAGGUGGAGCGGAGCGGCGGUGGCGGUGGCGGCGGAGUGUUGGUGACGGCUGAGGCCAUGAGCUACGGGGCCGACGGGAGGCUGCUGUCUACCCGGCCUCUGGGUAGGGGCAUCCACGAAUGCGGUCCCUCUUGCAGCCGCCCGGGUUGCAGGGCGAACAUGCAGGUCCAGGACAAGGAAAUGUCGUACGGCGCCCCCGGCAGCUCCAAGCGCCGCAACCGAUCUAACGGUGAUAACGGUAAUAACGGCUGCGGGCGGUGGUCCCUCCGUUGCUCCGAGCCCUUGGAGCCCGGGGACUUCGUUGCCCCACUGCUGGGUCGAGUGGUGGCUGCACAGCAGCUGAUGGACGAGCUGCUGUUGGGUUCCGGAGCAGCUGUCCGGGCCUCAGAGGAGCGGCGGCUGCCUGACCCCCCCGAGGUGCUGCUGCUGAACCACUUCUUUGGGCUGUGGGAGCCGGUGCUGGCGGGCGGCUGUCGUAGUCCGUUGUUGUACUACGUGGGGUUGUUUGCAGCCCGGCGGGUGGAGGCUGGGGAGGAGCUCACAUGCGACUUUUCGGCGAUGGCGCAUGUAAGAAGGGUUCGGUUCCCAUGGCAUCUUGUUGAGUACUCUUGGCCUCUGGUGAUACACAAGACCCGUGAACUGGGCGACAUGCAGGAGGUGGCUGAAGGACGUAUUAAGGGUUCUUUGAACGUGCCAUCGUCGGUCUUUAAGUCCGAUGAUACCACUGCGCUGGACGAAAUCAUUAAAGGCCAGCUGAACGGCGCAAAGGAGGUGGUGGUUCACUGUCACUUCAGCAAGGUCCGGGGACCCACAUGCGCCCAGGCGCUUAGCAAGCAGCUGAAGGCGCUGGGGUUGGAGGCUGGAACUGAGGUCAAGGUGCUUGAAGGCGGCGUUGCCGCCUUCAUGGAGCAGUUCAAGGAGGACCCAUCGGUGGUCGAGCUUCCAGAUGGUGGCUGGAACCCCGCUCAGAAGCACUAGAGGACGAGUGGUUGAGUGCUCACCGGAUCUCCGCGUGGAACACCGGGGCAGGGCAGGGCAGGGCGCACGACAGUGCAUGGCCGGGCAGCGCAGACUCCCACAGCCUAGGAUGGCAAGUGCUCUAAAGGCAUAUGUGGCUUCCCGCUGUCAGGGCAGACGCCUUGGUCCUGGUCCUGGCUUGGCGUGUUAAGAAACGACUCGAGACCGUCUGACGCGGACUCAUGCUGCUCGGGGCCAGUGGUGCCGCGCAUGUGAUGUGCCUAGAGGCCAGGAGAGGAGAGAGCAACAGCGAGAGAAGGUAUUGCGCUUAGCAAGUAUGGGCAUGUAUGAUGUUUGCUGGCAUGCCCGGCAUGCACAUGCGCACACGCAUGUGCGCAUGCCGGGGGCACACGCAUGUGCGCAUGGCUUCGGAUGCAUCCAGCGUUGCGAAUGUGGCUGAUGAUACUGACCUCUGCCGCCGAAAUGCUGUUCAUGAAAAUCGCACCGAAGUGUGGAGUCCGUGGAAGUGAUCCGUCUUCAACGCUCUUACGCUCUUAGAUUUGAGUCGUCUAAUCCAUGACCCUUGGACGUCCUCUGGAAAAGGGUAUUUGUUUCUCUUGCGGGGAAGUGAUGUGGCUGCCCAGAGGAAUGAGGGUUUGACAUGAUGGUGAUGAUGAUGGUGAUGAUGGCUGGAAUUUGUUUUCCGUUUUGAAAUUUCUGACAUGUAAUAUGAUUACGCGCG